AUGGAGGCGGACGCGGACCCCGAGGAGCUGGCCCGGCUGCGCUCGGUCUUCGCCGCCUACGACACGAAGGGCUCCGGGCGCCUGGAGCGUGCCGAGUUCGGCGCGCUGUGCGCCGAGCUGCACGUGGCUGAGGCCGAAGCGGAGGCGGUGUUCCUGGGGCUCGACACCGACCGCGAUGGUGCCAUCACCUUCCCGGAGUUCGCGCGCGGCUUCCGCGGAGCGUUCGGCCGGGACAGUGCCGAGUCCCAGGGCUUCUGGGACGCGGCAGAACCCGAGAGCCCGGGUCCGGCUUGGCGGGACUUCCACGAGCGCCUAGGAGACGAGGCCCGACUCAUUCCCAGAAAAGAACAAGUUAGUACCCUGUACCAGAACAUCAAUCUUGUGGAGCCAAGAUUAAUCCAGCCAUAUGAACAUGUGAUAAGAAACUUUCUCCGUGAGAUCAAACUCCAGAGCACAGAAAUGGAAAACUUGGCCAUUGCAGUGAAGAGAGCUCAAGACAAGGCAGCCAUUCAACUGAGUGAGCUGGAAGAGGAAAUGGAUCAGAGGAUUCAUGCAGUAGAAAAUGAGACCCGGAAAGAUGAAAAACGCAAAGCAGAGGAAGCCCUCAGUGACCUCAGACGUCAGUAUGAAACAGAAGUGGGAGACCUACAGGUGACCAUUAAAAAGUUAAAAAAGCUUGAAGAACAGUCAAGACACAUAAGUCAAAAGCAAGAUGUGACAGCAUUAAAGAAACAAAUUUAUGAUUUAACAAUGGAAAAUCAAAAACUCAAGAAAGACCUUUUGGAAGCCCAGACAAAUGUAGCCUUCCUUCAGAGUGAACUAGAUGCUUUGAAAAGUGAUUUUGCCGACCAGAGUCUGAAUUCUGAACGGGAUCUGGAAAUCAUCCGAGAGUACACAGAAGAUCGCAGUAGUCUUGAGAGGCAAAUUGAAAUCCUCCAAACAGCUAACCGGAAGCUGCAUGACAGUAAUGAUGGCCUCAGGAGUGCACUGGAAAACACUUACAGCAAGCUCAACAGAUCCUUGCGUAUAAAUAACAUAUCACCGGGAAAUACAAUUUCUAGAAGCAGUCCUAAAUUUAAUCACCAUUCUUCUCAACCAUUGGCCUAUGACAGGUCAUUCCAUUCUUCAUAUGCAGAUGAGGAUUGUGACUCUUUGGCUCUCUGUGAUCCUCUGCAGAAGAUGAAUUAUGAAGUUGACAGCUUGCCUGAGAGUUGUUUUGACAGUGGCUUGUCUACUCUGAGAGACUCCAAUGAGUGUGACUCUGAGAUGGACUACAAGCAUCAGAGAGGAUUUCAGAGUUUACAUGGAACACAGGAGGGCCUUGGGGGAGAUGCAUCAGACACAGAUGUUCCUGAUAUAAGAGAUGAAGAAGCAUUUGAUUCUGAAAGUGUGGCCUCUGUCUUACACUGGAAGCCACGGGGUUCUGUUGGUGAAGGCAGCACUGGUAGUUCCUCCAGAAAACCCAUCUCAGCUCUUUCACUUCAAACAGACAUGGUGGACAAUAACUCCAAACCCAUAUCUCAGAAGGCUUACAAGAUUGUGCUUGCCGGAGAUGCUGCCGUGGGGAAGUCCAGCUUCCUCAUGAGACUCUGCAAGAAUGAAUUUCAAGGGAACACAAGUGCAACCCUAGGAGUUGAUUUCCAGAUGAAAACUCUGAUUGUAGAUGGUGAACGAACAGUUCUUCAGCUCUGGGAUACAGCUGGGCAAGAGAGAUUCAGAAGUAUUGCCAAGUCUUACUUCAGAAAAGCAGAUGGAGUCCUACUGCUGUAUGAUGUUACUUGUGAAAAAAGCUUUCUGAAUGUACGAGAAUGGGUGGAUAUGGUUGAGGAUGGAGCCCACAGACCUGUUCCUAUCAUGUUAGUAGGAAACAAGGCUGAUCUUCGUGAUACUGCUAGUGCCGCGAAACAUAUGUGUAUCUCAGCAUAUCUUGGAGAAAAACUGGCCAUGACCUAUGGGGCAUUAUUCUGUGAAACCAGUGCCAAAGAUGGCUCCAAUGUGGUUGAAGCUGUUCUCCAUCUUGCUCGGGAAGUGAAGAAAAGGACAGAGGAUGAUGACAGCAGAUCCAUUACCAGUCUAGCUGGGUCCACAUCCAAAAAGUCACUGCAGAUGAAGAACUGUUGCAAUGGCUAAGCUCCGACUGUCUUCAGUUCAUAAAGUCCUUGUUUCUAGAAUACUGAUUGUGGGACACUGGUUCUCAAUGGAGUGGUGCGUCACACAACACCAGCCUAUGAAGAAUCACAGCCUGGCAAAUUAAGCUGUGCUUGCCUCUUCUCAGGAACCUCGGGCUUUCUUUGUUCUAUCUCAGUGAGUUAUUUGGGAUGUCUGCCCCUAUAGAUCACGAAGAGAAAAUGUGUUAAUGUUUUUAAUAUGAUAUGGCAAAAUAAAAUUACAUUCUCAGAACAAAACUAUUGAGAACCCACUUAUAAAAUUGCUUCAUAAGAAAACCAACUUUGUAGUUAACCUGUGACAGUGUUUACUUAAAAAUUUCAACACAAAUGCAUAAUACUUUGUUUUAUGAAAUUCAGUGUUUUAAUACAAAGAACAAUGGGACGGGUAGUAUAUUAUGUAUUAUAUCUUUAAACUAUGGGUGGUAUAAGGUAGCAUGAGUAUUUUCAUUUGGAAAAUCGGCUUUGCUAUUCCCUAGUGUGAUAAUGUUGGGUAUGUCUAGGCCACAUUAGAUCUCUUCCCCUCUGUAAAACAAGGAGUUAGUCUCCAGUGCCUCUUGGAUUCUCUAGCAUUUUAAGAAGCAGGAAGAGCACAGUUGUUCAUUUACUAAGAACCCUGUUAAGCAUACCUUUUGAUAAUGAGGUAUUGGUCUUUUUAAAUUUCUGAAGUAAGACUAGAAUUUAUUUGAGAAAUUAGAAUUAUUUUAGACUCCAAUGUAAAUAAAAAAUACUUAUCAUGAAUAAAUGAAGGUACGUUUGAAAAAAUGUGUAUAACAAGAAAAUACAAUUUCAAGACUACUUGUUAAGUCUGUGGUUUAAAUUGUAUGUGAAAAUUUUAGUGAAGUUAUGUAUAAUACAUACUACUGAAUGAACAAUGCCACAAAAAUAUAUUCCACUUAAUAGCUGCCAGAGGCUGCGGGUAGUUGGUACUAAUGACCAAUGUGCAUAUGCCUUCUUAGGAGUAUGGCCACAGUCUUCUGAAAUUAGGUGGGCAGUAGUAGUGGCAUAAUUUUAAAUCUGGAAAUUUUGUAUUUGGAAAGGAUUAAUUUUAUGAAUGUGAAAUAUGUUUCAUAGAAAAUACAAUGGUACCUAAGGUAACAAUAUUUUACCAGAUGAAUAUAUUGAUACUUUUUCACAUUGCCCUGUGAUUUAGAGCAUUAUCUACAGCAUAGUGCCAAUUCCUCAGCCCCUAACUCCAAUCAUUAAUUUCCUUCUUCAUGAACAAUGGGAGAUUGUUAUUAGACAUGGCUUUGGAAAGUGCUGCAUUUAAAGGAGAAUUGGCUGUAAAAAGGUGAGGCUGACCUUUAGAUAAUGUGACUUGUGACUACUCAUCAUCCAGGACAUGAUUAGUCUUGCUUUUCUCCUGGAAUUUGCAGUGCCUCCCACUCCUUCUGACAAAAAUGUUUUUAAGAGGCAAAGGCCUCACUAUCUUAGCCAGGAUGGGCCAGCAAAAGGGGUUUCCAGUAGCCUGAGCCGAUUAGAUUAUUCUUAGCAAGAGACUUAAAUAUUUUGGUUCAUCCAGCUCUAGGUUUUGAAUAGCUUAUCCAGAACAUAAAUAAUACUGGUUACUUAUGUAAAUUGUAUUAUGUAUGUUCAAACAUUUCUUUCUUUUUUCUUUUUUUUUUGAAUUAAAACAAUUCCCUGGACUGGCAACUUGUCUCAGGAAGUAAAAGUACUUGUUGCCCAAGCUUGCUAACCCCAAAUUUGUGCCUGAACUUGUAGUGGCAGGGAAAACUGAACUCCUGAAAGUGGUUCUCUGACCUUCACACAUGUGUGCCAUAAUGACCAAAUGACACGUGUACACAUAUACACAGAGCAAUAAAUACUUCUUUUUAAAUAACAUUUUUUUUAAACAACCUUUUGUGCCUUUGAUUUUUGUUAUCAAACUUCAACUUUUUUGAGCUUCAUUUUUUUCCUAAUUGGGAAUUGACUAGGUACAGUUAUUCCCCAAAGCCACAUACCUUAUCCCAAAUAAGAAAAUUCAAUCUUCAGUAACUACAAAUGAAUGGCUAUUUUAUGUUUAGUGGUUUGCAGCCCCAGUUAAUAGGUUACAUUUCUGAUCAAGAAGAAUACUUUGUGAGAAAUUGACACAGAUGGCAAGUGUGAGUAGUGAUUAUUUUUAUAACACGUGACACUGUUAAGUUUGCCAUUAGUGUGUACCUUACAGACUGAGGAUCCUAGACAAGGGUGAAUCUUACAUAUUAUUAAAUGAUACACGUGUGGCACUCACUGAAUAGACUCUGUUAGCAUGUGUGUUACCAUGUUUUCUUUAUUUCCCUCACAUACAUAUAUUUUUUUGCUUCUAUACUCUUUAAAAACACAAAAGGGUGUAUUGUUAAUAUAGUAGUUCUGUCUGGGGUUUUGCCUCUGGUUGCGGGGCCAGAACAGCUGUGUUGACCAGAAUGUUGUCUAGGUAACUUGAACAACAAGUCAACAUCUUCAGUGAUCUGAAUAUAAAAUAUUCAAAUUAGAGGUUUUUAUCUCUGCUUAACAAACUUGUUUAAGGAAAAGCAAUUCAAAACUAUUUUUUAGCUGACUUUCUGGGAAACUAUAUUUUGAUCUCUCAAAAGUGUUCCCAAAUUUAAAGUAUAUUUUAAGAAAGGACAAAAUAAGCCGGGCGUUGGUGGCGCACGCCUUUAAUCCCAGCACUUGGGAGGCAGA